AUGGCUGAUGCUGUGGUCAGUGCUCUCCUGAAUAAAUUGGUUCCAAUACUAGUAAGUGAAGCCGAACGAUUACUAGAACUUAAUGACCAGUUUGAGGAAACAAAGAACGAGCUUUGUUACAUGCAAAGCUAUCUCAAGGAAGCUGAUCGAGUUAAGAGAAAAGAUAGGAACAACGUUCUCAACACAGUAAUGAGUAACUUAAGAGAGCUGGUAUACGAUGUUGAGGAUGUAAUAGCAGAUUGCCAAAUUCUAUUUCAGAAAAAACACCAAGGGUGUGCACCCAAUUUUACAAGUUAUUGCUCUCCUGCCCUUUUCAAAGCACGCCAUCGGAUGGGAAAGCGGUUGAGGAAAAUAAAUCAAGAGGUAAGGAAGGUGAACAAAAGGAUGCAAUCCUACUUGCAUACAGCUCCUCGCCAAAUUACUGGCAAUGAUGAAGAUGUUGGGAAUCUGCCAUUGACCUACCCAAUCAUAAUGGAUGAAUCUGAAAUGGUAGGAAUUGAAUAUGACUCGGAAAAGAUAAUAAAUUGGAUCUUAGAAGCUAAUGAGUGCUUAACAUUGAUUGGAGUAGUUGGAAUGGGAGGAAUCGGUAAAACCACACUUGUUCAAAAGAUAUGUAACAGUGAGAGUGUGAGUAGCUCUUUUAAACACUCACUUUUUGUUAUUGUUUCUCAAAAUUUCAAAUUGGAAGAAUUACUGAAGAAGAUGCUAAGUAAACUAGAUGUAGAAGAGGAAUUCGUAAGGGGAGAUGACGUCCGUGAGUUACUGGAAAGGCUUAAGAGCAUUUUAGAUGAGAAGUACUUGAUAGUUUUGGAUGACGUGUGGGGAACAGAUGAAGGGAGGUGGUGGGAUAGCUUGAAGUCCGCUUUGCCCUCAGUAGAGGGUAGCUGUGUUAUUGUUACAUCAAGGAAUGAGAAGGUUGCUCAAUCAAUGGGGGCUACUGACAAGUGCAUACAUCGUCUGCAAGUUCUUUCGGAUGAAGAUAGUUGGUCCUUAUUUAGCAAGGUAGCUUUUGCAAGAAAUGGAGGUAAGUGCACAAAUCCAGAUUUGGAGGUAUUGGGAAAGGAGAUUGUUAAGGGAUGUGGGGGGCUUCCUCUGGCAAUCAACGUUGUGGGCGGAAUGAUGUUGGGGAAAGGUGAUUCCAUCCAUGAAUGGAAGCAAAUAUCAAAGCACCUAAAGGAGGAGUUGCAAAUCAGUCAGAAAGAUGAGACGAUCAUUUCGACACUAGAGUUAAGCUACGAAGAGCUCCCAAUACACUUAAAACCUUGCUUCUUGUGUCUUGCCAUGCUUCCUGAAGAUUAUGAAUUACCAGUUGUGUACAUUGUUGAAUUGUGGAUUGGUGAAGGUUUUGUUUGGGGAAGAAAUGAGAAAACGGCAUUUGAGAUCGGAGAAGAAUGCUUUACAGAAUUAUUUAAUCGAUCUUUGAUACUUGGAACGGAUAAAGAUGUCUUUGAAAGUCGCUUCAUUCGUUGCAAAAUGCAUGAUAUGGUUCGAGAUAUGGUGAUAAAAAUUGCAAGAGAAGAGAGCUUUUUUGUGAGCUUGGAGAGUGGAGGUAGGAUCGGAUUCAGUGUGCAGUCUCGCCACCUGGGAAUUUCAGAGAACACAACAGUGGAGAGCAUCCGAAACAGUUCUACCAAGCUGAGGACAUUGGUUGGAAUGGAAAUGGAGAGGAAUGAGAUCAUUGCAAGUGUAAAAGUAGUACUCUGCAAAGUAAGGUGGUUGAGGGUGUUAGAUCUUUCAUUGUCAAACACGAAAAUUGAUGUUGUGGCCAAGAAUUGGUUGAGUGGGAUAGGGUCAUUACAGCACCUCGUUUUUCUUAGAAUAGAGAAUUCUGCGUUAAGAAGGCUCCCCGCUUCAAUCAGAAAUCUUCAUAAUCUUCAGAUUCUAUGUUUAAGAGACUGCCCGAAUUUGGAAAUGCUUCCUGUGUCAAUCACAACAUUGGAGAAGCUGACAGAUAUCGUAAUCUUUGAUUGUCCCUCUUUAGAAUGCAUGCCGGAAGGGCUUGGAAAGCUUUCAAAUCUUGAAAGGUUAUUUGGGUUUACACCAAUGAAUUUGGGUGGUAAAAAUGGAUCUGAUAUUUCGGAUCUGAAGAAGUUGACAAGACUCAGAAAACUUUCGAUGGACAUAAAGUCAGAGAAACAAAUAGAAGGGGAAUGGAAUGUGUUAUCAAUGCUCUAUCAUCUGCAAUUUCUAGAACUAGACUUUGAGGGCAGUUCUAUUGAAAGUGAAGGAGUUGUAAAGAAGAUUGACAGUCAGUUUUCUGCUCCUUUAAAAUCCCUUAGAGAGUUGCAUCUUUGGGACUACACAAGAGAAAGCACACCUGCGUGGCUCAGUCCUAUUUCCCUUCCCAAUCUUCAGUUUCUUUUCAUUGGUGGGGGAAGGAUUAAGAAGAUGGGUCCCAGAUUUUGGGACUGUGAGAAUGGGGUAUGGAAAGUGGAGGUCUUAGUACUAAAAUACUUGAAAGAGAUGGAAGAAGAGUGGACGAGGAUGCGAAGGGCAAUGCCGUCUUUAAGACUCGUGAAGGUUCAAAAUUGUCCGAAGCUCAGGUCAUUCCCAUUGAAUGACACGUUUGAAGAUUAUCGUGGAAAUUGGAGCAUAUGGAGGAAAGAAGAAGAAAAAGGAGGUAUGCUAUUACGUGCACAUAGUGCUCCCAUUGUCUUUGAAGCUGCGCUUGCCGCCCUAGAAGAAGGUGAAGGUCUUCGAAUUUCACGCGCACACAGUGCUUCCAUCCUCUAUGAAGUUCCAUCUACCACCGAAGAAGAAAAAGAAGGACCAGAGAUACAAGAGAUUUCAUCUGAGUAGCUCCAGCAAAGGCAAUUUAUAUCAUCUGGAGGCAACCCAUCAUCCAACAAUGUUUACAGUUCAUCAUGUGGUUUCUUGCUUUUAACUUCCUAUGUCCAUUAAUAAAUUUGUGAACUCCUGUUCUUUCUGCCAGAUGGGCAAAAGAUUUUACUUUCUUUCUAUAAUAUGUAUAUUUGUAGCCAAUUGACCUUUGUAAUUA